GCAGGGUGGAACUCAAACACAGAACACAGCCCUUUCAAUUCACAGGCAGCUGGUCUUGGAGCAGCAGGGAGGGUUUGUGUUUGUUUUCUAGAUCUGGGGAAAUUUUGUUCUGUUUUCUGAGUCUUUGGCCUCGGAGGAAAUGCUCCAUUCACAAAAAAACUGCAACAAAUGAACAAGUUUGGAGUGUGGAAAGCACAAAAUAAGUCCAUUCAGUGCAACUAGGAGAGGAGGGAGCGCUCUCUGUGGUGAUGCAGCAGCAUCUUCAGCAAUGAGCUCUUACUACACACAUGCUGGCCCUCAGCAUUACCAUCCCGGCGCGUUCAUGAGCACCAACCCUUAUUGGCAUUGGAGGCCAGCGAGAGCGACGGGCCACCACCCCCACUUCCUGCCCCCCAUCUACAGCAGCCGGCCCCUCACUCUGGUAUUGAAUGACUGGGGAGCGAACCAGGAGGGGGGCCAAGUGGAGUACCACCACUUCUACGGAUUUAACCCUUUCAGUGCCAUGAACCCUCACUUGUACUCCCAGAGGCCAUGUGUGUACCCUCCUGUCUACCAGGGCUACGGCAGCAGCAUGCCUGAGCCUCAGAGCAGUGGAGCCUGGCCCGAGGGCUUCACCCUGAAAGGGGAGCUGCGCUGGGGGAAGCUGGAGAGGAUCAACGGGGCCCGUAAGGAGGUUCCUGAAUUCGUGAAGGAUGACCUUCGCAGGGUCUACGGCACUUACCCGAAAACAGAAGUAAGCAUCACCUACCGGGGAGGGGAGUACCUGGUCAAGGGAGACCCCUGGGUGGGAGAGCAGGAGUACAAGCUGGAGAAGAAGGUCAUCCGUCAGCCAAGCAGCCACGACGGGGACAGCGUGAGCGAGAUCGUGGAGAUGAAGAAGAAGAAAAAGAAGUCUAAGCGUUGAGACCCAGACAGUGUACCCAGAGCUGUGUGGGUAAUUCACAGGUGCUGCAGUUUCAACAGCUUUUCAACUGAAAUAGUAAGCAGCAGCUUACAGACCUAUGGCUCAACGCAGUAUUCAGUAAACUAUAGUAAAUCGUUUUGACAUAUUUAAGAUUUUUACCUUACGAGACCAUACUGAAAAUAAUUCUCAGCAUUACAUGCAGCUGCACACUAACAAUAAACAUUUUAUUUUGUA